CAAGAUGACAAGCAUUCGACACUAGAGAGUAUUAUAAAAAUGGCGCUUGCUGAAGUUUGCGGUUUAAAUUCGUAUGUUGAUUUUAAUGCUUCGCGCAAAGAAGAUUUUUAUACGCACGAUAUCCAAGCGUGCAGCGGAAAUUUUACCAACAAUGUGCAAUUGGCAGCACCACCAUAUAUAAAUCCGGCAGAAAAAUUGGCUCAACUUGCACAAGGAACUGAUGAAGCAGGAAAUCACCUGAAAAUCAAAUUUGAUCAUGGAACCACCACAUUGGGCUUUCAGUACAAAGGUGGAAUUAUUCUUGCUGUUGAUUCACGGGCAACAGGAGGCCAAUUUAUCGGUUCAUCCACCAUGAAGAAGAUUGUUGAAAUAAAUGACUAUCUUCUUGGAACUUUGGCUGGUGGUGCUGCAGAUUGUGUUUAUUGGGACCGUGUUUUAGCAAGACAAUGCCGUACAUAUGAACUCAGGAAUAGAGAACGUAUUUCCAUUGCAGCUGCUAGCAAACUUUUGUCAAAUGUAAUAUACACUUACAAAGGAAUGGGUUUGAGCAUGGGUAUGAUGCUUGCUGGUUGGGACAAAAGAGGACCCAGUCUAUAUUAUGUUGAUUCAGAGGGCACACGUACACCAGGAAAAAUUUUCAGUGUUGGAUCAGGAUCGAUCUAUGCAUUUGGUACAUUAGAUUCUGGCUACCAUUGGGAUUUGUCUGAUGAAGAAGCCUAUGAACUUGGUAGAAGGUCAAUCUAUCAUGCUACUCACAGAGAUGCUUACUCUGGUGGUAUUGUAAGAGUGUAUCACAUAAAGUCAACUGGUUGGGUGCAUAUAUCUGAUGAAGAUUGUAAGGACCUUCACUACAUGUAUCAAGAGCAAAAGGAGAAAGGCCUUAAUUAAUAGCA